AUGCAUAUUUUUCCACAAAGCUGCCAAAAACGUAUUCAGGCCACUGAUCAAGUAUCAGAUGACAACAAAAAGCUCCCUGUGGGGGCUCCCAGCCUCGUCAGCAUCCACAACAUCCACCGGGCUCCGGGAACGAAGUUGGAUGACAAUAUUUCGUUUCCGGCAGAUGAUACCCGGGCGGUGACGUUGGCGACGAAGGACGAGAACGCCGAGCAACAACUUCCGCAGCCGUCUCCAGCAGGUGAGGCGCGGAACCGCCCAGACGGUCAGGCAGACGUGGACGCGCAGUUCAUGGAGGGGAUCUUGAUGGACGACGAGACGGACGAGGACGACAAUGACUACGAGUACUUCGAAACCUGUGGACACGUGUACACGCCCCCGUCUAUGUACUUGCCGCUACCCAAGCCAGGGAAGGAAGAAGACGUGGUGUCGCCUUCGACUGUUCGGAAGCGCGGACUGAGAACGAACAGCGCGCAGAAACGCUUCAAAGUCCAAACCUGUGGAGCGGAGUCCAAGCACCUCCUGAUCUACAGCAUCAAGUCGCGACUUCCCGUCCAUGGACAGAUUCUGGACCAGUACCGCCAACAGUGUUACGCGCUCUACGCGUCGCUGCCGGGCAGCCACACAGGCGCGCCCAUUUUGGCCCGAUUGCGUCGGCGUUUGCUCCGCCUCGCAGGUCACGCAAUUUUCGCCCAUCACAGGGGCCGCCACGAGGUCCUUUUCCAGACGGCGUUCCUUUUCGACCUCGUCAUCUGUGAAUUUGCCAAGUGGAUCGCGUCCGUCUCCGAGUCCACCGGUGGGAACCUCGAGCUGUCCGCCUUCCUGCAGGAAGCGGCCACACAGCAGAAGCACGUCACAUCUACGGCCGGCGCUGCAGAGUCGCUCAGCCGACUAACCACCGCCGCAACCGUCACUACGGUCGAGGUGUCUGAGGUUUCCGGCGUCAUUCAACACCACUUGGGUCUCGUCUCCAAGGAAGAGCUCAGAACCGUCAUGAUGGCCUGCCUUCUCCUUGCGUCCAAAUGGAAUAAUUCACGAUACCUCCCCCCCGACGUCCUCUGUAGCAAUCCAGUAGGUCGAGUGGGACUCACGGCCCUUUUGGAGUUCGAGGUUUCCAUCUUAUCGCUAUUUGAAUUUGACAUUCCUUUUCAAACGUCUGCCAUGAACCAUCUGCACUUGCUGCUAGGUACGUGCGAGGAGGACUCGACGAGUAACUUCGCGAACCGGUUGGUUUGCAGUACAAGUUUAUUGAUUCUGGAGGUGGCGUUGUGUGACUACGAAUCGCUCAAAAUCUCCACGGAGGACCUGGUGCGGUCGGCUGCCUGGUUGGGGUCAGUGUUGAGUCAGAAUGCGUGUGCACUGGACCCGGAGUUGCCUGGGCCAGAGACGUUUUAUUCGACGUCUGAGUCCUGGGCGGCGGCGGUGGACUUCCACAUGAGUAAUGUGGAGUUUGAGGUGAAGAGUGCGGUAUCGGCGUUGCCGCGGUUGGAGGAGAUGGGUAGGUGGACGAGUCCUGCGCAGCCGCCGAAUGUGUUCGGUGUGGACUUGGCGAAGAAACCUGUUUUUGUGUGUGACCUUGGCAACGACAUGGCGGACGCGAAGACCAAGACGGAGAGUCUGGCACUGGCACACUUGGACGCGGAGACGAGUGCGGCGUUUGACUUGCUUGCGGCCGCCGCGCUUACGGAGGGACAGCGACUCCAGUACCGCGUACAUAGCGACAACUUCGAACGCCGCUGCGAGAUGAUGGAAAAGGUCCUCGCGCUCCGGAAGGUGCGCCAUAAAUGGCUCAAGGUCCGCAGCGAGAUCAGCAAGAGGCUGCAAAGGGCGACCGCAGAAUGA